CUGGAACAAAACUUCCUCUACAACAGCAUCUGUCUCGCUGAGAGGACAAAGACAAUCUAUACGAGUGCAUCAUGGAGAGAAACUCAAUCGUGUUAGACCACAGGCCUCCCACUCCACCACAGUGCAGCAUCUCACCAUCCACCUUGGCCUUUGACCAACGAUUCACCUCGACAGCUAAGGGCAUUCUCCUUAUGGCAGAAAUAGUCUGUGGGAUGUUGGUGUGGAUUCUGCUAGCAGGCACAGAAUAUUUUCAGCUCUCUGCUCUCUGCUGGGUUAUGUUUGUUUCCAUCUCAUGCUGGGUCAUGACCAUUUGCCUCUUUAUUAUCUAUCUCACUGGAGUCCAAAACAGGACACCCCAAGUGCCCUGGACGACACUGUCUCUGUGUUUAAACAGCAGUGCCACAGCUCUGUAUCUGCUGACAGCAGUGCUGGAAGUCCUCUCGCUGCAGAGUAGCGUUGCUGGGCGACACACCUACAGCUGCUGGACUGCAUCUGCAUGUUUUGCCAUCCUGACUACCGUGUGCUAUGGAGGUAGCAGUCAUCUCAGCUACCAGGCCUGGAAAACCACCAAAGAAGAGCUCUAAUGUCAUGUCUUCUUUUCUGUCUUUGUCAGGCGUAUCAUAGUCUUAACCUUAACAGCUAUCAUAACUCAUAUUUACUGAUUGUUUUAUAACAUUAUGAUGUAAACAUUAUUUGUACCAGCAUAUUUGGUAAACUAUAAAUAAAAGUGAAUUUAUGCAGUGAUUAUGUAAUUAAACACGAGGUCAAGUUUUAAAAGCAUGAUUAUAUUUAAUGCCUGAUGGACAAGUAUACAUUUUAUUCAUCAUUACUUAAGUCAAGCUGGCAUACUUGUUUAGGUUAGUGGCAUUUAUCGGCAUGCUUGUCACUCCCCAAUGAGCUCCCAUUGCAGUAAUCCCAUUUCCGUUGAAGCGGCCACUGAGGAGUCGGAGCUCGGCAUCUGGAAAGAUUGGAUAAAAGUUAAAGGAAGUCUGCAA